UAAGCAUCCAAACGUCCAAUCCUGAAUCCGUACGCUAACUAAACCACCAUUAAAUUCCACCAGAACUAUUCAUUCCCAGUAGCAUUCCGCAAUAAAGCUCGCUCCUCCCUCCCUCACUCUUCUUGUGCACAAACCGACACAGCACAUGAAGAAAACGCCGAGCGCAUCCCCCCUUUCCUCCGGUGAAUCGUCCGCGAUCGAUUCUCUCACUCGGCGAACUCACUCCUUCCCCUUCUCCCCUCAACGGCCUGCUUCCUCCUCCGCCAUCCCAUUCUCCUGGGAGCACGUUCCCGGCAUACCCAAAAACCCUAGAAAACCUAAUUUCAAUUCAAGUCCCGAUCGCAUCCCUCUCCCUCCACCUAUCCGAUUUGAAUCCCUAAAAUCAUGGUCGGAGGCCGACCCUUUCGCGGUGGCGUUCGCCGAGUGCGCUAAGGAGAAGCCGCCGGUAGAUCUUGAACGGGAGGAAAUUUUUCGGCGGAAAUCGGCGGUUGUUACGGAUUCAGGGAAGCGGAGGACGGCGGCGUGGUUCACCGUCGGCGGGUUAGGGUUUUACGGCUUGUAUGUGUCUUGCAAGGCUGCGGCGGCUACGUGCUCCGUUGUGGAUUCUACGGUCCGUGUGCGGCGGACCGGGACGGUGAACCGCCGGUGAGGGUGAGAGGAGGCGGGCCGGCGAGCGGUAAGGGUGAACUGUACC